AAGUGUUGGCAUUGUAUCAGCUAGUGCUAGUGAACGCUGCAACUAUGUUCCGUAAAAUAUGGAAAUCGAUUACAUCCGUGUAUCUGCUGUACGAACUGAACACCUGCAUAUACAUGUUGGAUCCGUGGGAAAAGCGCUUCGUCAAUGCUUUCAUAUUUGCCAUUUUAGGACUGCUUAUCUUCUCCAGUUACACUUUCCUUCCGGGCUACACUCGAAAGCUGGUUAAUGCUUUCCUUCCUGCCCAUUCCGCGCUGGCCGAUCUCGACCUGGACCAUCAACGGUCAAUGGAGUUAAACAUACACUGACCGU